AGGUGGGUGGGCGCUCACAGGUCGGGGACUGAGGUGGCGACAGCUUCCAAGGCUCGGGGAAGAAGGAGAUUCGAGUUCUUCGACCCUGCUUUCGCUUUCCGAGCUUAAGUUCUUUUUACCUGCUGGAAGGCUGAAGGUAACUAGCUCCGGCGGCAGACGGACCGCCCACGGGGACUCCCCAGUGUCUCCGCCUCCAUGACCAUCCGGGAACCACUCGCUCACCUCCCGCCCCAUUCCCCCAGGCCCUCCCCCUCCUCUCACAGCCCGGGUCUCAGACCGUAACCCCUCGGCCGCGGAUAACUAGUCACCUUGGCACGCGCAGAGUUAGGGGCCCCAGGGGCUGAGAGAGGCACGGAGGGGCGGGGACCUGUGCAUGACUGGCUGGCGGGGACGGGGGAUGGCGGGGGCGGAGGCCCCCUCCAGGCCCUGCUGGGGCUGUAGCGCUAGAGGCCCGGAGGGGAGGGGAGAGUGACCAUGGGCUCUGAGUGACAGGCGGAGAAGAGAGGAGCCAAUAUAUAUAAGGAAGGCUCCCGAGAGCGCAGGUUUCAGUAGCGGCGCAGAGCGCAAGCUGGGAACACGAGGCCAAGAGCCGCAGCUCCAGCCGUCUCAGCGCAGUGUACCGGGCACUAGCCCGCUUGCAGCCCCAGGAUUAGCCCGAGGACACGUCCCCGGCCCGGCCACCGCCCAGCCGCCCUCACCUGGAUUACCUACCGCCGCAGUUGGAACAGAGCUAACGAGAAGGCGAAGCGGGAGGAAAGCCCCAGAAGAGCCUGGCUUUUCAGGGACCCCUCCGGCGGAUAGACGCGCGGGAAAGCUGCGUUCCGAACGAAGCCAGCUCCAGAGCGGGCGCGGGGAGAGAGCGACGCUCCAGGGGAUGGCAGCCGCGUCCCGUAGCGCCUCUGGCUGGGCGCUACUGCUGCUGGUGGCACUUUGGCAGCAGCGCGCAGCCUGCUCCGGAGUCUUCCAACUGCAGCUGCACGAGUUUGCCAACGAGCGAGGCGUACUGGCCAGCGGGCGGCCGUGCGAACCCAGCUGCAGGACCUUCUUCCGCGUCUGCCUUAAACACUUCCAGGCGGUCGUGUCGCCCGGGCCCUGCACCUUCGGCAGCGUUUCUACGCCUGUGUUGGGCACCAACUCCUUCGCCAUCGGGGACGAUAGUAGCGGCGGGGUCCGCAACCCUCUUCAACUGCCUUUCAAUUUCACCUGGCCGGGUACCUUCUCACUCAUCAUCGAAGCUUGGCAAGCGCCAGGAGACGACCUGCGCCCAGAGGCCUUGCCACCAGACGCGCUCAUCAGCAAGAUCGCCAUCCAGGGCUCCCUAGCUGUGGGCAAGAACUGGUUACUGGAUGAGCAGACCAGCCCCUCAACGAGGCUGCGCUACUCUUACCGGGUCAUCUGCAGUGACAACUACUAUGGGGACAGCUGCUCGCGCCUGUGCAAGAAGCGCAAUGACCACUUCGGCCACUACGUGUGCCAGCCAGAUGGCAGCCUGUCCUGCCUCCCCGGCUGGACUGGGGAGUACUGCGAAGAGCCUGUCUGUCUUUCUGGCUGUCAUGAACAGAAUGGCUACUGCAGCAAGCCAGCCGAGUGCAUCUGCCGCCCAGGCUGGCAGGGCCGCCUCUGCAAUGAAUGCAUCCCCCACAAUGGCUGUCGCCAUGGCACCUGCAGCAUCCCCUGGCAAUGCACCUGUGAUGAGGGCUGGGGCGGCCUCUUCUGUGACCAAGAUCUCAAUUACUGCACCCAUCACUCCCCAUGCAAGAAUGGGGCGACGUGCUCCAACAGCGGGCAACGGAGCUACACCUGCACCUGCCGCCCAGGCUACACUGGCGUGGACUGCGAGCUGGAGCUCAGCGAGUGUGACAGCAACCCCUGUCGCAACGGGGGCAGCUGUAAGGACCAGGAGGAUGGCUACCGCUGCCUGUGUCCCCCAGGCUACUACGGCCUGCACUGCGAACACAAUAUUUUGAGCUGCGCAGACUCCCCCUGCUUCAAUGGGGGUUCCUGCCGGGAGCGCAGCCAGGGGGCCAGCUAUGCCUGUGAGUGCCCCCCCAACUUCAUGGGCUCCAACUGUGAGAAGAAAGUGGACAGGUGUACCAGCAACCCCUGUGCCAAUGGGGGCCAGUGCCUGAACCGUGGUCCUAACCGUGUGUGCCGCUGCCGUCCUGGCUUCACAGGCCCCCACUGUGAACUCCACAUCAGCGACUGUGCCCGCAACCCUUGUGCCCACGGCGGCACUUGCCACGAGCUGGAGAACGGGCUCGUGUGCACCUGCCCCGCUGGCUUCUCUGGCCGGCGCUGCGAGGUGCGGAUACCUUCCGACGUCUGUACCUCGGGACCCUGCUUCAAUGGGGCCACCUGCUACCCUGGCCUCUCCGAGGACAGCUUCGUCUGCAACUGUCCCUAUGGCUUUGUGGGCAGCCGCUGCGAAUUCCCUGUGAGCAUGCCACCCAGCUUCCCCUGGGUGGCUGUCUCUCUGGGUGUGGGCCUGGUGGUGGUGCUGGUGUUGCUGGGCAUGGUGGCAGUGGCUGUGCGGCAGCUGCGGCUUCGGCGGCCUGACGAUGGUAGCAGGGAGGCCAUGAACAACUUGUCGGACUUCCAGAAGGACAACCUGAUCCCUGCCGCCCAGCUCAAGAACACAAACCAGAAGAAGGAGCUGGAAGUGGACUGUGGCCUGGACAAGUCCAACUGUGGGAAACAGCAGAACCACACACUGGACUAUAAUCUGGCCCCAGGGCCUCUGGGGCGAGGGACCAUGCUGGGGAAGUACUCCCACAGUGAUAAGAGCUUAGGGGAGAAGGCGCCACUGCGGUUACACAGUGAAAAGCCGGAGUGUCGGAUAUCAGCGAUAUGCUCCCCCAGGGACUCCAUGUACCAGUCUGUGUGUUUGAUAUCAGAAGAGAGGAACGAAUGUGUCAUUGCCACAGAGGUAUAAGGCAGGAGCCUUCCCAGGCCAUCCCAGCUCUGCCCCAGCAGCUGGAUCUUCCUUCUGCAUUGUUUACAUUGCAUCCUGGAUGGGACAUUUUUAAUAUGCAACGUGCUGCUCUCAGGAGGAAGAGGGAAUGGCAUGACCUGGACAGACUGUGAACUUGCCAAGAGACGCAGUACCCUUCCACACCUUUGGGUGUCUGUCUGGCAUCGGAUUGGCAGCCGCGCCAGCCAGGGGAACAGAGAGGAGAGGUGCCCCUGGGACCCGCCCUGCCAGCAGUGGCCUUCAGAGGGCCCCCUUGGGGAUCUGGCCUGUUUUCCAGAGGGAGAGGCAGUGGCCCCGUGGGGCCUGGAGCUGCUAUGGCCUGCACUGGCAUCUGUGUUUCCAAAAGUGCCUUUGGCCCAGGCCCCAUGGCGACAGCUGGGUCCAAAUCAGAGAGGAGAGCGGAGGCCAGUAUGGGCAGGGCCAUUCGUGGGCCAGGACACCACCGGGUGCUUUGGGCAGGAGUUGCCCUGCAGGUGAGGUGAGCGCCUGAAGCGGGAGGAGCACUUUCUGCCCUGUGCCCCCGACUACUGCCUGUGGGCCUUGCUCAGAACACCCUCCAGCUUCUCCCUGGCCUCGGCCCUCUGGGCAAGGCUGGUGGUAAGCCUUCCGUGGCUUCCCCAGCCUCGGCCUUGGGUGCCGCUGGGUUCCCGCGAGCAGACAGGUGAAGGGCCUGCCCCAUCGGCCAGCCAGGGGAUCCAGGCCUAAUUGGGGAGCUCAGGGCAGUGUUGUUGGAAAUUCCAGUGAGGGAGAAAUGAGGUGCCGUUGCUACCUAGGCCCUUUCCUCCCUUGAACCAUUCCUACAGCCCUGAGUCUGGGCUUUGCCCAAACCCACUACUGCCCCCAGACCACCCUUGAAGCCGAUCUUCAGAAAUCAAUAAUAUGAGUUUUUAUUUUGUUUUUUGUAGUUUAUUUUGGAGUCUAGUAUUUCAAUAAUUUAAGAAUCAGAAGCACUGACCUUUCUACAUUUUAUAACAUUAUUUUGUAUAUAAUGUGUAUUUAUAAUAUGGAACAGAUGUGUACAGGAGUUUAUUACUUCUUGGGUCCUGUCUUUGUGAUGGCAAAGUGGGAAUGUUCUCUCUAUCCUCUCUGACUCCCCUUCUCAUACUGCUGCCAGCUGCCCUGCUUGGACCGCCGGGAACUGUGCAUGCACUUGGCUUUGGCCUGGUGUGCUCCAGACCCUUGUUCCCUUCCAGUCUUUGCAGCUCACCCAUCUAGUCCCAGGCCUAGACCAGCCAGCUGUGCCUGCUGUCUUGAGGCUGCUGUGGCUUGCACCAUCACUUGGGAGAUAUGCCCCCUGACCUGAAUCUAUCCCCCUUUCUCUCCUCAAGCCUAAAAAAAUUUUGGGCUCCCUAGUCAGCCUUGGGGAUACGGAAUUUGGGGGAAGGGAUGAUCCUGCCUGUGUUCCUCUUUCCAAAAGGAUUCGCUUCUUGGAGAAUGGGGUCUGUGAACCAGAAUAACAUCUGGGUCCUUCCUCCUGCCACUGCAGGGUUUUAGACAGACCGGUACCUACCUACUCUUUUCUCAGUCCCAGCAGGGCACUGGUCUUGGGGGAAGGGGGGGUGCUCGCCUUAGGCCCGUCCUCCUUGGAGCUGGCCAGGAGAGCGGAGUCUGGGCACCUGGUGUGCCCAGAGCUGCAGGGAUUAAUUGAAGACUGCAGGGAGAGGAGGAGGACGAGGAGGUGGCCUUCCCUGGGUCCAGGUUUCUCAGGCUGGAGUUUCAGUCUC